GCUACGUUUCGAUUGAACGUCAAACUGCAAUAAACUACAUUUCCCAUAGAGCUUUGCGCGUGGAACGCUAAAAUUACGUUCUUUGACAAACGGCAGGAAGGAGAGAAAGGCAACAGUAGCCGAGAGAUCAAGUCUAAUGUGAUGUUUAAAAGGAAAGGUAAUUCACGGAAGUAUUGAAACUGAGGAAAUAAAUAAGUAAACUAUGAAGCGAUAUGGUGAAUAACGGAAACGUGGGUCCGAUUUCUAAUGCAACCUUUCUUCAUGUGAAGAAGGAUUUUCUUCUGAUGAAGAGAACCAAAAGAAACUGUGACCAACCAAGUCUGCACACCGAAGAAGUCCCUUCCCUCCUAAGCUUGUGAAUAUCAGGCUUCAUGGUUGGAUAUCCGGGAACAGACCAAUCUUGUACUUGUGAACGAUCAUGCUUGGAAUAUUCUUCCGCAAAAAAAUGUCCCAGAAACUGAGUAUACUGUUGCUGAUCUUUGGCUUAGUUUGGGGUCUGAUGCUUCUGAGAUACGCCUUUCAUCAUCCGAGACACCAGAGCAGUGCUGAGCUGCGGGAGGAGAUUCUUGACCUAAGUAAAAGAUAUGUCAGGGUGCUGGCUGAGGAAAAUCAAAAUGUAGAUGGAUUGCAUGGGACGUCAAUGGCUGGAUAUGCUGACCUAAAGAGAACCAUUGCUGUCCUGUUAGACGACAUAUUACAGCGGUUGGUGAAGCUGGAGAGUAAAGUAAAUCUUGUUGUAAAUGGCUCCAAGACCAACACUACACACAGGGUUGUGGGCACUACCCCCAGUAAACCAACGGAUAGGGCAGGUCGCCCAAGAUAGCAAGGUGUGAACAUUGAUAACAAAUCUAGUACUCCUUGGCUCCAUCAUGGCAGCUUUUUAGACGAAGGUUAGGUUAGUUCACUGUAAAGUGAUGAUCUUAAAUGAUCUUUUAGUACAAGCUAGUUUUUGGUUGUUUUAGGAGCCUGUGGAAUAGGAAAUCUCCACAGACAGGACAAACGCAAGCUUGGCUGCUCUUGAUCUGAAUUACUGUUUUGCGUACAACUAUCAAUCCGUUUUAGCGCUUAACUUGAAGGUGUAUCAAGUGAGUUUUCAGUAUUAGGCUUAUAAUCAUACUUUAAUAUUUAAAUGGCACAGAAUAUAUUGUAGCUUUGGAAAUUGUACUGUAAAUUAUAAAAUCAACCAAAAGAGUGUUAUUAUUUGCACUGUACUGUAUAUGAACGCUUAUGAUUUCAAAUAACUAUUUUGUAUAUCCGCUAAAACUAAGCUACGAAAACACAAUAACAACUAGAAUGUUCGUUUAAUGGAGGAAAAAUAAACGUAUGCGAUUGGGGGGAGAAUCAUAUUUUGUCUCUUAUGCUAAAUUGAUUUGGAAAAGCAUCGUUUUUAACUUUGUUUUUAAUCAUGAUCCUGAGAAGUUUUUUGCCUUAAUUUCGCAAGCUAGUUCUUUUUUAUUUUUCUUUUAAUUAAUAAUGCUUACACACCACAAGAAAAUCAUUUAGAAUGGUUCUGUGUACCUAAAUGAAUGAUGGGCUUGGUUAAUGCACAUAUUUCACUUAUCAAGUUUUUUAGUUAUGGUAAGGUGGAGUUUAAAUUUGUGUAAAUGAUAUUACAUUUAUAUAGUAUGGCAUUUAUGUUUGUGUUUUUCAUAUGUUGCCUGGCACCAUAAAUGGACAAACUGAACUGUUUGCAAAGCAAUAUAUGUGUAACAUUUUGGUUGUUAAUUACACAUUUUACUAUGUACAUUCAUUUGUAUUAAUGUGUUUAUUGGUAGUUGUUUUUUUUCAUUCAUAACUAAUUAUUUUGUAUCAGUGUAAGUGUUUGCUCUGAGAAUCCUAAGGAUAAAAUGUACUUUAAAAAAAAAAUAAUAAUCUUUACUGAUUUCAUGUGAGAGUCAUGAAUGGCCAAUAAAUCUAUUUUGAUUAUAUGGCUUAAAUUGCAAUAAAAUUACAGUUGUGGUUAAACACAAUACAACACUGAAAAGAAACCAAAUACCUGGAACAUAUUGAAGUGGGAAAGAUGUGCGAGUGGCAGGGUGGGGUUCCUAUUGGACACAUGCAAUGGACAGGGAUGAUGGGAUCUGAAGAACUGGCUAAUCAAUCCCUGUGUCCAUGCGAGUCAAGUCCUUACAUCAAUCUCCUGUGAUUCUGUAAACCAAACUAAAUUGCAGGAAUAGCACUGGAUAAGCUGCCCCUCACACAUGGGGUGUUCUUAUGAAAUUCUACUUCCUAUACAUGUUUACUGUGGUUUUUCCUCUUUUACAGUAUAACCAAGAUUAUAUGCAUUUGGAUUCCAAAUCCUGUCAUCAUGUGAUAAUAUAACAUAGUACGGUUUUGAUAAAUGAACAUCACAAACAGUGCCAUUGACAGCAUAGGAACAGCAGCCUGUAGUGACUGAUUUGGCUGAGGCCAGACACUGAGCAGAAGCAGUAUGUACUGUAACUGACUCUGAUCGCUUUGAUGCGUCCUGUUGUUAUUGCUUAAAUUGAUUGUUCACAUACCACCAUGUAUUCCCAUUACAGAGACUGGUCUUGAGUAAAUAACUAAUCUAGGCUACCUGAGUUGUCUGGAGAUGUGUGCAUACUACUACAGCACAAAGCUGAACAAAUUGAGCUUUUCAUUUAAAAUUGAAAAGCGCAUUAGUAAAUGUUUGGAACCCACAGGUGUCACAACAUUCAAUGCACAAUUAACAACUUAGAAUGUGCUAAAAAUCAGAUGGAUGCCAGUGAUCAGAACAAUUAACAUGAAAAAAACAACUAUUUGAAUGUUUUAGCAACACCCAUGGUUGCUAAGGCAACUAAUGUGUUCCAACAGACAAUGUGCCAAAGAGGCUGAUCUCCGACACAUUUUUAAACAAUAAUGCAAUUUCAAAAGAAUAUGUUUCUCCAUUGAUUUUAAUUCAAAUAAAUAGAAUAAAAACAACUCCAGGAGCUCCGCUAGAAACAAAUAUAAGAAACAAAACAAACACAAACACAGAGAAAAUAAAUCCUAAUAAACUUGAACUUGUUUAGCAAUGAAACUAGCUCUGUGCAGGGCCUGAUUUAACAUUACAUUUCAGAGCAAAGUAUUAUUUUUCUUUUUGUUAGCCCUAACCAGCCUAUGGAAGAAUACAUAUUUGAGUGAUUGGCAGAAGGUGGGAGUCUGGAACCAACUCCCCAGUAAUGCUGUUGAAGCUGACACCCUGGGAUCCUUCAAGAAGCUGCUUGAUGAGAUUCUGGGAUCAAUAAGCUACUAACAAUCAAACGAGCAAGAUGGGCCGAAUGGCCUCCUCUCGUUGGUAAACUUUCUUAUGUUCUUAAGGUAAACAGGAGCAGUAGGAGCUGAGUCACUAUUCAAAACACACCAUAUUGUACUAUUAUAGACUCUUCUAAUUUGAUACAUAAAAAUGCCAGAGUUAAACUGUAACGCAAGUCUGAUCUUGUAGCUGAGCCUGAAACAGUACAGUGUUUAGAUACACUGCAAGAGACCAUUUGACACUGGGUUACUCAGUACUUGUGUCAAAAGAAAAAAAAUAUAUAGUCAUUUCUGUCAAAUGUAUUAUCAGUGGAUGUGUAUUAUUAUCUUGUGUUUACAUUGUUAUCUAACAAUACAUGUUUAGUUUGUGUUGGUAUUAUUGUUUAAAAAAAAGAUCCGCAAAACAUUGUAUUAUUGGAAAACCAAAAAUACAUUAACAUAAUUUUGUUUAAAUAUCGCUUUGGCACCCAGAAAUCAAUAAUAAUAAUAAUAAUAAUAAUAAUAAAACAAUGGCACUGUUAUAAAUAUAGUAUUUAUAUUACAAUAUCGAUAAUAAAAUAUCGACACAAGAAGAGCUCAAACAACAUAUUCUAGAAUGUGUUGGUAGUCAUGGGGCAGGUGAUUUUGUGCUGGAUGUGAAAAGACAAACUGAUGCUUGGUCAUAUGUUUGAAAACAAUUUACAGAAUCUUAGCAUACAAUCUAUUGCAGGAGUGAAAGGCAAUUUGAGAAUUAAAAAGAUGACUGGACUGAAAC